AUGGGAAUUGCCUCUGUCGGGGAUGAUGCGGCGCAGAAAAAGCUGAAUGGCUACGAAUGCACGCACCCGCCGUAUAAAAGCCACCUUUUGAGUAAAUCGCCAUUGGUUAUUUACAUGGAGAAUUUCAUUACCGAUGCGGAGAGACUCCAUUUACAAGAGCUCGCCCAAGGCCAGUUUAAACACUCUGCGGUCCUCAAGAGUGGAAACUCAGCCAUUCACUCUGUCCGCACUUCACAGUCAACCACCGUCGACAGAGAUGCCGUGGUGCGAUGCAUAGAGGCUCGGGCUCUCGAUUUCCAGGGCUUUGAUGUGCCGGAAUCACACCUUGAGCCCAUCCAGCUCGUCAAAUACGCAGUCACCGAGCGUUACCAUUUCCACACAGACUGGUUCACAAAUCCAGCUCACGCGACAGCGUCCCAGGGUGGCAACCGCAUCAGUUCAUUCUUUGGAUAUGUCAAAGCAGACAACGUGACGGGCGGAGGGACCAAUUUCCCGAUUCUGGAUGCACCGCGGGAUGAAAGAUGGUGCAAGUUUAUUGACUGCGAUGAAGAAUACGAUUCGGGCGUCACUUUCAGACCCAUUGAGGGGAAUGUGGUUUACUGGGAGAACUUGUUGACGGAUGGGAGGGGAGACCAGAGGACGUUGCAUGCGGGACUACCGGUGGUGAGCGGAGAGAAGAUUGGGAUGAAUAUAUGGACGAGACAGAUGCCGUUACCUGCAGAUGUCCGCGGGAAUUAA